CCGGCUGGUCAGAAUUGGACGGCUGAUCCUGUUUUGAUCCUGUCUCACUCCAUCUUGGCUGGCAAAAGGAGCUGCAUGCAGUUCCCCAUCUCCCCCUUUGUUUUUCAAAAUUGCAUUUCAUCUCUCGUCCUGCAACCCAGGGAAAAUCAAAUUCACAGUGGAGAAAGAAAAAGAGAAAGAUUGCAAGUCCUAGUUAGUAGCGGGGAGAUGACGCGUCACACACACACUCUACGCAAGCAUCUAGAUUUGUUUUUCUGCUUCUUCGAUGGUUGCUCAAUGCGAACUUCGGCGAGCUACAGUAAACGACUGCAUCACGGAAGCGUACGUACUUUGCUGGAACACUAUUCUGACAAGCCUCCACCGCUUCGAAACAUGUGUUGCCCUUGA